AUGAAAUAUACACGUAGUAACAAUGACGAGAUGUCAAAUUCACACGUGUACCUGGUGAAGGAACCUGUGACCUGCACCACUCACAGUGACCUGGUGAAGGAACCUGUGACCUGCAUCACUCACAGUGACCUGGUGAAGGAACCUGUGACCUGCAUCACUCACAGUGACCUGGUGAAGGAACCUGUGACCUGCAUCACUCACAGUGACCUGGUGAAGGAACCUGUGGCCUGCAUCACUCACAGUGACCUGGUGAAGGAACCUGUGACCUGCAUCACUCACAGUGACCUGGUGAAGGAACCUGUGACCUGCAUCACUCACAGUGACCUGGUGAAGGAACCUGUGGCCUGCAUCACUCACAGUGACCUGGUGAAGGAACCUGUGACCUGCAUCACUCACAGUGACCUGGUGAAGGAACCUGUGACCUGCAUCACUCACAGUGACCUGGUGAAGGAACCUGUGACCUGCAUCACUCACAGUGACCUGGUGAAGGAACCUGUGGCCUGCAUCACUCACAGUGACCUGGUGAAGGAACCUGUGACCUGCAUCACUCACAGUGACCUGGUGAAGGAACCUGUGGCCUGCAUCACUCACAGUGACCUGGUGAAGGAACCUGUGACCUGCAUCACUCACAGUGACCUGGUGAAGGAACCUGUGACCUGCAUCACUCACAGUGACCUGGUGAAGGAACCUGUGACCUGCAUCACUCACAGUGACCUGGUGAAGGAACCUGUGACCUGCAUCACUCACAGUGACCUGGUGAAGGAACCUGUGGCCUGCAUCACUCACAGUGACCUGGUGAAGGAACCUGUGACCUGCAUCACUCACAGUGACCUGGUGAAGGAACCUGUGGCCUGCAUCACUCACAGUGACCUGGUGAAGGAACCUGUGACCUGCAUCACUCACAGUGACCUGGUGAAGGAACCUGUGACCUGCAUCACUCACAGUGACCUGGUGAAGGAACCUGUGGCCUGCAUCACUCACAGUGACCUGGUGAAGGAACCUGUGGCCUGCAUCACUCACAGUGACCUGGUGAAGGAACCUGUGACCUGCAUCACUCACAGUGACCUGGUGAAGGAACCUGUGGCCUGCAUCACUCACAGUGACCUGGUGAAGGAACCUGUGACCUGCAUCACUCACAGUGACCUGGUGAAGGAACCUGUGACCUGCAUCACUCACAGUGACCUGGUGAAGGAACCUGUGACCUGCAACACUCACAGUGACCUGGAACCUGUGACCUGCACCACUCACAGUGACCUGGUGAAGGAACCUGUGACCUGCAUCACUCACAGUGACCUGGUGAAGGAACCUGUGACCUGCAUCACUCACAGUGACCUGGUGAAGGAACCUGUGACCUGCACCACUCACAGUGACCUGGUGAAGGAACCUGUGACCUGCAUCACUCACAGUGACCUGGUGAAGGAACCUGUGACCUGCAUCACUCACAGUGACCUGGUGAAGGAACCUGUGACCUGUAUCACUCACAGUGACCUGGUGAAGGAACCUGUGGCCUGCAUCACUCACAGUGACCUGGUGAAGGAACCUGUGACCUGCAUCACUCACAGUGACCUGGUGAAGGAACCUGUGACCUGCACCACUCACAGUGACCUGGUGAAGGAACCUGUGGCCUGCAUCACUCACAGUGACCUGGUGAAGGAACCUGUGACCUGCAUCACUCACAGUGACCUGGUGAAGGAACCUGUGACCAGCAUCACUCACAGUGACCUGGUGAAGGAACCUGUGGCCUGCACCACUCACAGUGACCUGGUGAAGGAACCUGUGGCCUGCACCACUCACAGUGACCUGGUGAAGGAACCUGUGGCCUGCACCACUCACAGUGACCUGGUGAAGGAACCUGUGACCUGCACCACUCACAGUGACCUGGUGAAGGAACCUGUGGCCUACAUCACUCACAGUGACCUGGUGAAGGAACCUGUGACCUGCACCACUCACAGUGACCUGGUGAAGGAACCUGUGACCUGCACCACUCACAGUGACCUGGUGAAGGAACCUGUGACCUGCACCACUCACAGUGACCUGGUGAAGGAACCUGUGACCUGCACCACUCACAGUGACCUGGUGAAGGAACCUGUGACCUGCACCACUCACAGUGACCUGGUGAAGGAACCUGUGGCCUGCACCACUCACAGUGACCUGGUGAAGGAACCUGUGGCCUGCACCACUCACAGUGACCUGGUGAAGGAACCUGUGACCUGCACCACUCACAGUGACCUGGUGAAGGAACCUGUGGCCUGCAACACUCACAGUGACCUGAAGGCCGUCACCAAGCAGCUUCACCCAGUCGGCAGCGUGGCUCACUAUCUGACGCACCAAGACGUGAACAUCCAAACUGCAACACGAACACACGAAUCAAUUUUGCUUGUUAAAAACCUCACCAAUUAA